AUGAAGGCCGUCUUUGGAGCUAUGAACAUUGGGGAACCUGGCGACGACCGGACCCCAGUUCACACCGUUGAAGAAGCCCAGAAAAUGGUCGACCUUUUCAAGAGCUAUGGCCAUAUUGACAUCGACACCGCUCGAAUCUACGGCAACGGAUCGUCAGAAGAAUUCCUCGGCAAGAUGGACCUGACCGGGAUGAACGUCGACACCAAGCUCUUUCCAUCGGCAGCCAAUCCGUCCGUUGCGUUCGCGGAGAUUGCAUACCACCACACUCCCAGUGACCUUCGCGCCGGCCUAAUGUGCAGCCUCGAGGCACUUAAGGUAUCCAAAGUGCAUACAUGGUACCUGCAUAGCCCAGACCGCACCGUCCCAUUCGAAGACACCUUCCGUGAAGUGAACAAACUCCACCAAGAAGGAUACUUUGAGAAACUCGGUAUCAGCAACUACCAGUCCUGGGAGGUGGCGACAAUCUGUGACAUCUGUGAUCAGAAUGGAUGGGUGAAGCCGAGCAUAUGUCAGGGUAUCUACAACGCCUUUCACCGCGCGGUAGAGCCGGAGUUACUACGCUGUUUGAGACACCAUGGGAUUUCGUUUUACUGCUUCAACCCGCUGGCAGCGGGCAUGUUGACGAAUCGGUAUCACCGUGGCAAAGCCGAUGCUACCACCGGAGGGAGGUUUGAUUCUGCAACAGGACCAGGAAAGCUUACACGUCGGAGAUACUAUCACGAUGUAUACUUUGAUGCCUUGGACAUCCUUAGACCAGUUGCAGGGAAGCAUGGGUUGACGGAGGUGGAGUGUGCGCUGAGAUGGCUCUCGCACCACUCACAGUUGAAGGAUGAGCUUGGAGAUGGGAUUGUAAUUGGAUCAAGUAGUGUGCAGCAGCUGGAUGAGAAUAUGCAAGCAAUGAAGAGAGGCCCUCUUCCUGUUGAGGUAGUGGAUGCUCUGAAUGCGGGAUGGGAGAUGAUUCGCGGAAAGGAGCUUAUCUACUGGCAUUGA